ACCCUACCGCUAUCUGGAUUUGUUCUCGGUAGCGCCAAGUUCAACUGCUCUAGCCUUCCACCAGUUAGGAUUCUUAAUGGUUUAUGUUCUAUUUGCAAUAUUUGUAUAAUUAUUUACAGUGUCCCAAUUAGCAAAACAGUGCUAAAUACAUUUGACACUUGAAUAAAGUUGUUCAGUAUUAUUUAUUUUGAUUGGAAACCCUGACUAAUUACUUAAUAACAUGUGAUGGUUUCCUGAAUGUUGCUCUAUGCGUUGCAUGUAAAGACUAUACAGAGCUCAAUUUUUGAUCAAAACCUGUAAGUUUUGACCAAAUUACUGGAGUACAAAUGGUAAUCUUUGUGUGUUUCCACUGUUUCAGGUCAGAUGUAUUGGGACAGAUUCUGCCAGUAGUAGGACAGGCUUGGGCUCAAUCAGGAGUGGCUCAUUUCUUUUGUGCCAUCCGGAAAAAUGGUUACAAAGUUCUUUAUUUAUCGGCUCGAGCUAUUGGGCAGGCCCAGCAGACUCGAGACUACCUGAAGAGCGUAAAACAGGAUCAGUUGAUGUUACCGGACGGACCAUUGCUUCUCUCGCCCGAGUCACUCAUCAAAGCCUUUCACAGAGAAGUGAUUGAGAAGAAGCCAGAGGAGUUCAAGAUCGCCUGUCUACGAGAUAUCCAGAGCUUGUUCCCGGCUUCAAAUAGAAAUCCUUUUUAUGCUGGAUUUGGGAAUAAAGUCAAUGUGAGUUUACUU